GCUAAAAAGCCUCGACAGGGAAGGCGGGUACAGGCUCCAUCCCGGUCGGCUAGUGCCCCGUAGGCUGCGCUGCGUACAGGCUAUAGGUCCUUCAUAAGCCCCAUACUUCGUACAGGCUUAGUCUCGUCCAGAGGUGACUGGCCUGCUGGACCCACCCUGCUUGUCGGCCAGUCAGUGCACAGCAACAGAGACAAGCCCCCGGGCAGACGAACGUUCAAGGCUCCCAAACAAAGAUUCACAUCCCAUUCACUACCGACAAACUCGACACCACCCCAACCCACCACCACCACCACCACUCUCCUCUCACUCUCACGCUCACGCUCCUUGCUCCUUGCUCAUUGCUCAUUGCCAAACCCUCCUCGGCCACUCCCUUCCCCUCCAUCUCCUCACGACCGAGUUGCGGUGUUCCCUCUCUGCACUGCUCAAUUCGGGUUCUGCUGUUACUACUCUCUCUCCUCGCAGCUACGCUUCGCUUCGCUUCCUCACCGAGUCCCGACCUCUCAUUUCCCUCGAGCGUAUGCCGAGUGAUAUCGCUUUCAUGUACUGAACCUCACUCCUCCCGCGGUCGUGAUUUGGCAGCGAGCCACCACCAUCUCACUACUCUUCCAACCGCACUUCCCAACUACUCGAUCAACGAACAAUCCCAUACCAUCCAACAUGAAGCCAUGCUUGGUUUUCCCAGAAUCGGGCGUGGAGCUGCGGACCUCGUCAACUCCCACCUCCGCCGUCCCAGCAGUCCUCGGCCUCUCUCUGUCCGAUUCAGUGCUGGAAGAGAUGAUAAAAUGUGUGCAGAAUGGAAAACCAAUACAAUUGUCCCUGGGGGAGCAUCCCGUACGUAGAACCAUCAAUUCCCAUUGUUAUCGUCGAAGAACGACCCCAUUGUCGUGGGUUCUGGGUGAAGCGAGCCUAACCCCCGAACGACCUCGCUUGCUGUUGUCACUAGAGAUAGGACGUCAGAAGAAUAAGAUGUCAGAAUACUAUUCACUAGAACUGUACUAACAAUGACGUCCCUCGACAGAACGUUACUUAUGGCACCAAGACGCAACAUCUUUCCACCACCAACGAUCCUUUCACCCACGAACUUUUCUGCAGUACGAACAUCGACUCUGAAUAUAAUUCCUUGAGCACGGAAACCAUGGCCUUCUCCGAUCGCAACGGAAAGAGCGUUACCUUUGGUACCCCCGCAUUCAAAGCCCCCUUUCGCAAAAAGCACUUCGUACCCGGUCCCAAGCCUGCUGCACGAAACCUGGCAGCUUCCAAAGCCGCAACCUCGACGAUAGAAGGUGCCGACAAUGCAUUGGCACAACUACAAAAUUCAUUGGCAUCGGAGAAGGAGAGAAAGUUGGAGAAUACGUAAGUAGUGGGCGAGGAAUGAGCGAGGAGUGGAAUUAACCUGUCAUAGUACCAAAUUGAUCAAGAAUGGACCUGCUCCAUCACGGAAAGGUGCAGCUUCGAAGAUAACAGGAAAGACCAAGAUGUUACAAGUUUCUCAGGCCAAUCGAUCGAUGCCUGUCAGCCCAGCUCUUUCUGGAGUUGGUUCACCAGCGCUCGGUCCAACCUCCGUUCCGCUUUCCGAGCAAAAGGCAAAUCAAGAAAAGCAAUCUCGAAAGCCUAUCAUUCAUUUAUUGGCCUCGGCUGAUAUGACAGAGCGCCAGAUCAGAGAUCUGCUCCCCAACGCCGACGAAAGUGAUUUCAAGUACCAGCUCACCAAAGUUGCGGACAAGGUCGGAGAGAAAUACGUACUGGCCAAACGAUAUUACCGAGAGUUGGAUGUUUGGUCUUAUGAUUACCCACACCAAGAUGAUCGACAGCGAGCAAUCGACAAUGCUGUGAAGCGAUACGACAACCUGCGAAUAGGUGUAUCGGAACCAGAAUGGGACAGAUUAUUGCCAAAGGCUGAACGAGGCACGGGAAAGUCGCUAAGCAAGCUCCAAGGUUUAAUUGCACAAGGGUUAGCAAAGCUAGGCCCCAAAGUCGAUGAUGGAUCGGGAAGAGAUACCUCACCUGGUGAGGAUGAGGAGCUGGGAGCGAAGAAGAAGAAAGAUACCAAGCCGAAAAAGCUUACAGAGACACAAGCUCAAGCUAAGCGACUUUUGUCAAACAAACCAAACAAGGCAGCCAGCAAGGCCUCACCGCGACCUACCCCAGCAGCGAAGAAGGAGAAGACAGCCGCGAAAGCUUCCAAUGUCAAACCACUGUCUGCUGAGUUUGUCGGCGAUUCUGACGAUGAUGAUGUGGAGGUGGUGCCUCGCAAACCAAUCACCAAACCCGCCAGUGCCAUGGCAAAGAAACGCCAACGGGAUGAGGAGAUUGAAACUAGCGACUCGAGCAUUCCGCUGAGUAAGAAGGUCAAGAAAGAUGCUCCUGCCACAAACCACCGUGUCUCUGACGCAAGCCAAACUUCGCGGACCACGGCUACAUCUUUCCAAUCCUCGAAUACGGUCAAAACGAAGGAUACAUCUCCGCAGAAAUCUUCUCCAUUGGCUUCAUCGCCACCCACCAAUGCCUCUGAAUUUGACCGAAACUCUGGGCACCGAACCACGUCGUCGUCUUCCACUUCUCCCGCAUCACACGCUGUGCCCAAAACAUCUCGGUCGCCUAUCCAAAAGCGUCAUCACAAAUCUCCCUCUGUAUCCUCUUCAACCUCGUCCAAUGGCUCUACUCGGACAUUGCGACCAGAGGUUCUGGAGUUGGCCAAGAAAUAUCGCGUUUUUUACCCUUCUUACACCAAGUUACACAAGGAGUUGUCGAAUUUGAAGUAUCGUGACCGUCAAAAGGAGGACGAUCUCCUCCAGAUGCACGCACGAUUAGCCGACAUGAAAAAACGGAUCAUGGAAGGCGUCCAGGAGAAUUAA